AUGCAAUUUUGCGGCAGUCGAGAGCUUCGCAUUGAAACUAAAGGUAAAGGCGUGGGCCCGAGCUUGGCAAAUGGCAAGCCGCUGGACGCGCAGGGCGACUUGCCCACUCCUCAUCACAACCUCCCUUUCUUUUCCCUCCGCCUUCGCUCAUCUACAAAGGCUCCUCUAUUUCUAGUUGUCCCGCUUUUACGUCACAUUCGAUAUGUCACGACGAUACGAUUCCAGGACUACCAUCUUCUCCCCCGAGGUCGUCUUUACCAGGUUGAAUAUGCGCUCGAAGCAAUUUCGCACGCCGGCACGGCUCUAGGAAUUCUAGCCAAAGAUGGAAUCGUUCUUGCGGCGGAGAAGAAGGUGACUAGCAAGCUGCUAGAGCAGGAUACUUCUGCGGAGAAACUUUACACUCUGAAUGAUAACAUGAUCUGUGCCGUGGCAGGUAUGACGGCAGAUGCAAACAUCCUAAUCAACUACGCUCGACAAGCCGCCCAGCGUUAUCUUCUUACCUACGACGAAGAAAUCCCAUGUGAGCAACUGGUCCGUCGACUGUGCGAUUUGAAACAGGGAUACACCCAGCAUGGUGGUCUCCGUCCAUUUGGUGUCUCGUUCAUCUAUGCCGGCUACGAUCCUCUUCGGGAGUUCCAGUUGUACCAGAGCAACCCCAGUGGUAACUACGGUGGUUGGAAGGCCACUAGCGUGGGAGCAAACAACGCAAGUGCUCAGAGUCUGCUCAAACAAGAUUACAAGGAAGACUGUGAUUUGAAGGAGGCGUGUGCCAUGGCCGUCAAGGUCCUGAGCAAGACUAUGGACUCUACAAAGUUAAGCAGUGAGAAGAUUGAAUUUGCAACGGUGGGAAAGACUCAGGAAGGGAAGGUUUACCACCACCUGUGGAACGCCGACGAAAUUAAUGCUCUGCUGAAGCAGCAUGGACUGGCUAAAGUUGAUGACGAGCCUGAGGCGGGGGACAUCAAAUAAAGCAUGAAAGACUGCUUCUUGUUCAGUUACUCGAUCAAGAUAAUCCCAUAUUGUUCUCAUUGAAAA